AGGUACGAGAAUAUUCUAUUUGCCCACCUAAUAUUGGCUUCAUACUUACAGGGAAACACGAAUAAAGGUGCAAUAAUGACUGAGACUUGGGAAGUUGAGGCUUUGGGGCCAGGACAUCCCACAUAUUCUGACGUCUCAGUGUCUGAGAUCCUGCUGUUCCUUACUAGGCGGCCCUUACAACCUCAAUUUCCUCUUCUUCGGCCUCAUUGUCGCGUCUGCGGCUCAGCAACUUUGGAUCGUCAUAUCACACGGCCGUCAAAUCCGAACGGAAACGCCAGUCGACCAUAUUAUAUAUGCAUGCUAUGCAAAAGCAACAACGAAGAAGGAUGGGUUACUUGGGAUGAUGAGCGUGGCGUAUGUAACAGUAAUCCGACUUGUUAUUGCGGUGUCCCUAGUCGACAAGAUCGAGAGGGCAUUGCGCGGGGAAGACCUGGGUUAGGUUUUUGGACAUGCGCGACAGGCAGCUGUGAUUACUAUUCCCGGUGGUCGAAUGGCUGGACUAUUUACACACCGCAGUGCGUUGAGUUCGAUCCGUGGCUACUCUAGCAUGGGUUUCUCAGAGAAUAUGGACUAUUAACAGCAUGAUGAUAUCUAUGAGCAAAGCAUAAAUGUUACAACUUUCGUAGCUUAAGUAUAAGUAUAAGUGUUUCUUCUAAAGCCCAUGAUGGCGUUGACA